UGUAGUGGCUGUUCCUGGUUGUCAACGUGACUAUAUCUGGAAUGAACUACAAUCUAGAAUUGGAAGGCUCACCUAUGAUCCUAAUCUGGAGGCUCAGAGAUAUAAGUUUCUGACCUAGAUCUUGGCAUGGAGAUCUUGAAGCAUAGUGGCUAUGAAUUCCAGAAGAUUAAGACAAGGAGAUCUCUGAGUUCAAGAUCAUCUGGGAUUAAAGGCAUGGAGGCACAUACCUUUAAUCUGGGCCAUACCCUCUGCUGGAGACCCACAGCCUUUAAUCUGGGCUAUACCCUCUGCUGGAGAUCUAUAUAAGGACAUUGGAGGAAGAAAGAUUUACUCACUCUUCCUUGCCUGCUUGCCUUGUGGGACUGAGCAACUGCUAGAUCCUUGGACUUCCAUCCACAGCUGUGCUGCCCAUUUUUGGGGAGUUGGACUAUAGACUCUCCCAUGCGUGAAGUGCGGUACCUCAUUAACCCAAGGACUUCACCAACAGGAAGCUGUAUUCUUUACCAGCAACCCACCACAUCCCUUUUGAUCUGGUUUUCUUUUUCAAAAAGUGGAAACAUUUCUUUUGAGUUAUUUUUGUUGCAAAUUGAAGCAAAUGGCUGAGCAUGGCUUGGACGACAUCCCUACAGCCUGCCCCCACUGUGCGUCUUCUCAGGCUGGUCUACUUUGUGUGUGUCCGGCAGGCAAUUCUCCAGUUCUGGUGGUGGAAAUGUCACAGACAUCAAGUAUUGGUAGUGCAGAAAUUUUUGCUUCACAAGAGAGAAAAAAAGAAAGAAAUGCCAGCAGAGAAUCUUCUCUAAAAGAUUUGUCCAUAAGAACUUCAAAUGUGGAGAGAAAACCUCAACCACAAUGGAGUCGGAGCAAUGUCACGGAAGGAAAAGUCCCACACAUAAGAAUGGACAAUGGCGCUGAUAUCGAGGAAUUCUAUACCUUUGGAAGAAUAUUGGGACAGGGGAGUUUUGGAAUGGUCAUUGAAGCUAUAGACAAGGAAACGGGAGCUAAGUGGGCGAUUAAAAAAGUGAAUAAAGAAAAGGCUGGAAGUUCUGCAGUGAAGUUACUGGAGCGAGAGGUGAACAUCCUAAAGACUGUCAAACAUCAGCACAUCAUCCACCUGGAGCAAGUGUUUGAGUCACCUCAGAAAAUGUACCUUGUGAUGGAGCUUUGUGAGGAUGGAGAACUCAAAGAAGUUCUGGAUCAAAAAGGGCACUUCUCGGAGAAUGAGACAAGGCUGAUAAUUCAAAGUCUUGCGUCAGCCAUUGCAUAUCUACAUAACAAGGAUAUAGUGCACAGAGAUCUAAAGCUGGAAAACAUAAUGGUUAAAAGCAGCUUUAUAGACGAUAACAAUGAAAUGAACUUAAACAUAAAGGUGACUGAUUUUGGCUUGGCUGUGCAGAAGCAUGGCUCCAGGAGUGAAGGCAUGAUGCAGACUACAUGUGGAACUCCUAUCUAUAUGGCACCAGAGGUCAUCAAUGCCCAUGACUACAGCCAACAGUGUGACAUUUGGAGCAUAGGUGUCAUAAUGUACAUUUUACUGUGUGGAGAGCCACCCUUUUUGGCAAAUUCAGAAGAAAAGCUCUUUGAAUUAAUAAGGAAGGGAGAACUACAAUUUGAAGAUCCAGUCUGGGAUUCUGUAAGUGAUUCUGCAAAAAAUGCUUUGAAACAACUCAUGAAAGUAGAUCCUGCUCACAGAAUCACAGCUAAGGAACUUCUAGAUAACCAAUGGUUGACAGGUAAUACCCUUUCUUCAGCGAGACCAACCAAUGUAUUAGAAAUGAUGAAAGAAUGGAAAAAUAACCCAGAAAGUGAUGAUGAUACCAAGACUGAGGAGACUGAGCAGCGCACUGAAGAAAAGCUGAACAGUAACCAAAUAAGGGGAAAGGCCCGGAAUGUCAACUACAGUCCAUCUGCAAAGACAGCGAAGCAGCCCACCAAUGCAGCCAAGAAGCCCGAUGCAGAUAGUGUUGACAUGACCACUUCAGACUCAACACCCAACAAACUCCUUUCUGCUGAAAUCAAAGCCGAGCCAGAGAAAAGCUCCGGGACUGUGAGCCAUGCAGCAGUGACUAAAGGCACUCUGAAAUCCACUACCUUGUUUCGAGGCAAGAAACGGCUCUAAGGUUCUGUCCAGUGCUGAGCGGUUCAAGAACAGACCACUCUUCCAGCACUGAAGGGAGGGGACAGGAGGGAGCAGCAGGGCACUGAGCUCUUAGCCAUUGGCUCUGAUGAGCCCUACCUGUGUUUACACCAGUUUAAAAUUGAAGCUAGUUACCUCCAAGCAGCACAGCCUGAGCAGGGCCUUAGAGGACAGCCAUGGGUGUGCUCGGGCAGGCUGCUCUCACCAACUCAAGGCGUUCUGGGAUGGCUUAAGGGACAAGUGCUCUCAGUGCAAGGCUGGGGCCGCGCUUGCUCGGUUCUACUCAAAUUCUUAUAUUUAGGCACGAUUAUUUAUAAGGGGUAACAAGAGGCCGAAUACAGCAAUGGAGGUUCUAAAUAAUUAUGUGCACUUUGCACUAGGAGACUUUGUUAGAGGAGUACUAAUAAAAUGGCCACAGGCAUUGUGGCAGAAGUGAUGCAGACCCUCAUGUGUCCUUGUGAUUCUAGUUGCUAUAGACUAUUUAAGACAACUUAUUUUAAACAUAGAAAAGUAGGACAUUUUAUAAUUGCUUGCAUUGGCUUGCUGCUAUAUUCUCAUCUUAUUGAUUAAACCAAUAAACUGAA